AUGUCUUUGACACUUGACAAGUUAUAUCCCGCUGUUCCUUUUGUUGAAAGAGGAAAGCAUGUUAUUAUUGGUUCUCAUCCUAAAGAAAGCUUUAUUGUCUAUACGAACAAGAAAAACGUAUUUAUUCGCGAUUUAACUACGAAAAUGGAUAAUGACGUGUAUAGUGGUCACAGUUUUGAAGUUCAAUGUGCAAAAUAUUCUCCCAGUGGGUUUUACAUUGCAUCUGGAGAUAAGUCUGGUAAAUUACAUAUCUGGGAUACAACACAGAAGGAGCAUCUGCUUAAAAAUGAAUUCCCUGUUUUGGCUUCAAUUAAUGAUAUCUGUUGGACAAGUGACAAUCAAAGGAUUGCCGUUGGUGGGAAUAGUGGUGAAAAAUUCGGAAAGGUGAUUAACGCUGAAAUGGGUACUGAGGUAGGAGAAGUGGUAGGCAUGUCAAAGCCUAUUAACUGUGUUGACAUGAAGCCAACUCGACCUUAUCGUCUAGUGACAGGAAGUGAGGAUUUCACCGUGACAUUCCUUGAAGGACCGCCCUUCAAGUUCUCCAAAAAUCUCCGAGAUCACACUAACUUUGUUCAAUGUUGCAAAUUCUCACCCAAAGGUGAUAUCUUUGUCACUGGUGGCUCUGAUGGUAAAUUAUUCGCCUAUGAUGCUACUUCGGGUGACAAGAUUGCCGAGAUUGGUUCCCCUGCUCAUAAAGGCGGUAUUUACGGUAUUGAUUUUUCACGAUCUGGCGAAAGACUGGUUUCCGUGUCGGCCGAUAAGAAGAUUAAGCUUUGGAACACUACCCAACCUUUCGAAAUGCUCUCGGAGUAUUCAUUCGAAGAUAAGUUGGGCAAUAUGCAGCUCGGCUGUGUUUGGGCUGUUGGAAAAAUCGUCUCUCUAGGUCUAAAUGGCUCAAUGACUUGCUUUGACGUUACUGAUAAUGCUUCUAAGCUUGACGUCCCGUCAAAUGUGAUCUUUGGUCACUCUCGACCUAUUCAGCGUUCUUGCUACUCUACGUCUACUGAGCAACUCAUUACAACUUCUUACGAUGGUUUAAUGGUUCGAUGGAACCUCUCUUCUGGUUUGGCUGAGCCUUUUGAGGGUAAAGAGGGUCAUACUUCAGCUAUUAACGGCGUGGUUACUUGCGGAGAUCGUGUCGCCUCAGUCGCUGUUGACGACUGCAUCGUUUUCAGCUCACUGUCAAAAAAAACAUACGAGCAAUCCGUGAAACUGGCCUCUCAGCCUCGUGGUCUCUGUAUCGCGCCCAGCAAAUCCCUUAUUGUGGCCAUCUGCAUGAAGCAUCUCUACGUCUUCUCGCUUGCCCCUGAUGCUCCCACCACACCUUUGACAAUGCUUGAGAUCUCCCUGGAAGCCUCCACGGGCUGUAUCUCUGAGGAUGGAGAAAUACUCGCUGUUGGAAAGAAUGACGGGAACGUCGAAUUCUACCUUCUGGCUGACGGUGGCAAGACCUUGGUUACCGUGGCAGAGGGUGUAAAGAUGGAAGCCGAUUGCACCACUCUGGCCUUCUCUCCUGACGCAUCCUACCUCAUUGUUGGCGAUUCUAAUCGAUACCUUCGUUUGUUCAAGGUUGAAGGUGUUGAAAGUGGCAAUCCGAAAUUCAACAAAACUCGUGAAUGGCGGGACCAUUCAGCUCGUGUAACUUGCGCAGCCUGGACUCCAGAUGGCAAGCACUUAGCCACUGGUGGUCUAGAUUGUGCCAUCAUGGUUUUCAGUCCCACAGCCUCCUCAAGGAUCUGCGAAGUUAGAAACGCUCAUCCGGCCAAUAUGAUCACCUCUCUAAUCUGGAAAUCGAAUACGGAGCUCAUUAGCACAGGUCAAGAUGCCUGUGUGAGAACGUGGAAGUUGAAUUGA